AUGGAUGACCACAAUGAUGAUACCGAAAAGGGUUCGGGCAAGGUUAUGUGGACACUUGCUUGGGAGACCGCAUUAGUCGAUAUACUGCUUGCCAUAAAAAGAGAAUGUAAUAAAGCCACUACCAACUUUAAGCCUUCUAGGUGGACCCAAAUUGCAAAUGAGCUUAAAUCUGCCGUGGGUGUUGAUAUUGGUUUUGAAAAAAUUAAAUCCAAAGUGAAGAGACUGAAGCGUGAUUGGAAAAUUUGUGAUAAAAUUAAAAUGCAAACUGGUGUUGGGUGGAAUGAUGAAAUGCAAGCUUUUGUGUACCUAGAUUGGGCAGCAUUGAAUAGUGUAAACACUACUACGGAUGACAGUCCCGGAAUACAAAGGUCUCGUGGAAAGAGGCCUGUUGAAGGUGGACCUUCAGGAGUGGAUUCUUGUGGUACUAAGAGUAAGGGAGAUGAACCAAUUUUUCAAAGUGCAUUGUGGCUAUAUCAUGACGUCCAAAAAGAGAAGCAGGAUAGGAUGAGCACCAAGGUCAAGCCUGCUAGAGCGGCUAUCGAGGCUCUUUACACCAUGGACCUUUCACAAUACGGUUUUCGGAAAGCAGUUACUGAACUUAACAAGCAAAAGCAUAAGGCAUUGAUUUUCUUGGCAUUAAGGACUGAGGAGAAGUACGAGUGGAUUAAGCGUCUACCUUGA